AUGGGGUCCGAAUAUGGUGUCACGGCUGCCUCUAAGCCCCAGGUUGAUCUCCGCCCUGUCGCUAUCUGGUGGGCUGUCUGGGCAUUUGUCUGGACUUCUACCCUCCUGGCUGGUAUGAUCUAUCUGAUAGUCAAUCGUGAUAUGCCGGCCCUUCGUAUUCGAGGUCUUGCUUUGUCCCUAACCUCUAUCGUCAUCCUUCAUUUAUAUUGGCUCCCGACCCAGCUCGCAGUUAUGCUUGGUCCCGUCAUGCCCGGUGAUGCCGCCUAUUGGCUUAUGGGGACGUUACUGCCCUGUGGCAUUGCCCUCUUCCAUGGAUCUAACACUCGCUUUCAACAUGUCGCAAAGCUUCAGAGAAAAUAUGCCCUGGACGGAUAUCGUUUCACUGAACCACCUACUUUGGAACACAAGGCUGGGUUGAUCAAUCGUUUCCGUGCGCUCAGAUAUACGACUAAGAUCCUUAUUUACGUCGCUAUUGCAAUGUUUGCUCAGGUAUUCCUCACUAUUCUCAUGUGGUUGAUCUCCCGCAAGUACCACAGCUCAUGGGGUAUUCCUGGCACCGAGGUAACUGGUACCCCCGCGGAGGUGCUCGAAGCACAAGGCACAGGAUGGGAAUGGUGGCCUGGUGUUGUCUCGCAGUUCUUCUGGUCUUGGAUCGUUGCCCCCAUCGUCCUCUGGAAGUCUCGUAACAUCCACGAUAGCCACGGCUGGCGAGUCCAGACCAUUGGCUGCGCUGUUUCCAGUCUUCACGCUACCCCGAUGUGGCUCAUUGCCCUCUACGUUCCCGCCAUGGCCCCAGUAAAUGCGGUCUUCGUUCCUCCUCAGUGGAUCGGCCUUUCCAUUUUAGUGAUAGAAAUCCUCACAGUCUUCCUCCCCUGCUGGGAAGUAAUGCGCCACCAAUCUCUCCGACAAGAAACCCUCGAGUCGAUUGCGCGCUGGGAACUGAAAGUUAAAUCCACCGGCUCGGAGGAAAAGUCCCUUAACUCCGACAUGACAGUGGUAGCAUCGAUGAUGUCAGGAUGGAAAUCGAACAGCUCGGCAAGCACAUUCAGCUCGCGCGACAGCAUCCUAACAAUGGGCGCACUCGAGCAUGUCCUUGAGCGCAACCCUGCCCCACUCCAAGAAUUCUCCGCAUUACGCGAAUUCUCAGGCGAGAACAUCAUCUUCCUGACUAGUGUCGCAGAAUGGCGCAGUCGACUCCCCUCCUGUAUUAAGGACGGCAGUGCGAAACAAGAAAGGAGCAAGCGCAGCCUCGUCCGCGAACACUUCAAUCGCGCGCUGCACAUCUAUGCGGAGUUUAUCAGCGUGCGCCAUGCCGAGUUCCCCGUCAACAUCUCGCACCAAGAGCUGCGAAAGCUGGAAGAUGUCUUCGAGCAGCCGACCCGUCUUGUGUAUGGUGAGAAGCGCGAUUGUGAUAUCAUUAAUCCGUUUGAUAAAUUCACUUUUGAUCUGCCGCAGCCGUCGUCAGUUUCUACGGACUCCGGGAAGACUAUGCAGGCUGGGACGGCUCGGUCGAUUAAGGAAAAUGUGCAGUACUGGGGUGACAUUCCUGUGGACUUUGAAGCUUCGAUCUUUGAUGAUGCUGAGGCUAGUAUUAAGUAUCUUGUGCUUACGAAUACUUGGCCGAAGUUUAUUAGGGAUCGUAGGACUUUGCCUUCGAUUGAUUCGAUUGAGAAUCUCAAGGGAAUCGAGGUUUAG